AUGGCUGGGUUUGUUGACGGUAUUACAUAUUGUGGAUCAGUAAGCGAGAAGACCAUAAUGCAUUACAAAAGCUCUCAUACCAUACUUCUGGUUGGAGAAGGCGACUUCUCCUUCUCGGCAUGCUUGGCCAAGGCCUUUGGGUCUGCUGCCAACAUGGUUGCCACUUCCCUCGACUCUAAUGAGGUGUUGCUGCGUAAGUACAGUCGUGUGGCUGCCAACUUAGAAGCGUUGGGGCUGCUCGGUGGCACGGUGUUGCAUGAAGUGGAUGCGACAGCAAUGAGCCGACACUGCAGCCUUUGCUACAAGGAAUUUGAUCGUAUAAUAUUCAACUUCCCACAUGCAGGGUUUUCUUUCCCAGAAAGUGACGCUGUUCAAAUUAAACUCCACCAAGAUCUUGUGAGAGGAUUUCUUAGGGAAGCAAGGAAAUUGGUGAGUGAUAAAGGUGAAAUUCACAUAACCCACAAGAUCUCACAUCCUUAUUGUGAAUGGGAGAUUGAGAAAUUGGCAAAAAAGGAGGGGCUGCUUCUGAAGGAGACGGCAGAGUUUAGUCGGUGGGAUUAUCCAAAUUAUGAGAAUAAAAGAGGGGGAGGUGGCAAUAGCGACCACGCCUUCCCCGUCGGUGCAGUCGGUGCAUGCGCUACAUUCAAGUUUGUGAGGUACUAA